AUGUCGUCCAGCGCGUCUGCCUCCACCUCCGCCAUCGUCGCCGACAAGGUAAGGUGCGACAUCGUCGUCUUCAAGAAGUCUCACGCCCAAGAGGGACCGGCAGGGCCCGCUGCACCAAGGUCAGUCUCGGUGCUGCCAUCUGACCUGAACCGCCACCUCGCCGACCUCCUCGAGACCGGGAAGGGCGCCGACGUGGUGUUUGAGGUCGCCGGCCACAAGUUCUCCGCGCACCGCUGGCUGCUCGCGGCCCGGUCGCCGGUCUUCAAUGCGGAGCUCUUUGUCGCAAUGAAGGAGAGCGACAUCGCCGUCAGCGUGGUCCGCAUCGGCGACAUGGAGGCGGGGGUGUUCGAGGCUUUCCUCGGCUUCAUGUACACCGGCUCGCUGCCGGAGAUGGCAAAGGAGGAGGAAGACGCCAUGUACCAGCAUCUCCUUGUGGCCGCCGACAGGUAUAACAUGGAGAGGCUCAAGUUGAUUUGCGAAGACAAGCUGUGCAAGAGAAUUGAUGGGAGCACCGUGGCCAACGUGUUGGCGUUGGCUGAGCUUCACCACUGCCGUGAUCUCAAGGACGCAUGCUACGAAUUUCUCAGCACUCCUGCAAAUCUUACGGAGGCCAUGGCCACUGACGGUUCCGAGCAUCUGAGCACAAGCUGCCCUUCUGUUGUCAAGGAGCUGAUUGCCUUGUGCUCCGCACCUUAG